UUACGAACCAAAAGCCCAUAUUUUGGGUUCAGUCGUGAGCGAGUCGAGCAGCAGCGAGGAAUGGCGGACUACGGCGAGAGCGAGGAGGACACCAAUCGGUUCUUCGUCGCCGUCCAUGUAGGCGCUGGCUUCCACUCUCCUACCAACGAAAAGGCCUACAGGAGAGUGAUGAAGCGCGCCUGCCUCGCCGCCGCCGUGGUUCUUCGCACGGGUAAAGGUGGAUGCUUAGAUGCUGUUUCAGCUGCCAUCCAAGUGUUGGAGGAUGAUCCAACCACGAAUGCAGGCCGAGGUUCAAACUUGACAGAACAUGGUCAUGUAGAAUGUGAUGCAAGUAUCAUGGAUGGGUGUUCUGGAGCUUUUGGUGCAGUUGGAGCUGUAAGAGGUGUACGAAAUGCCAUUGAAAUUGCUAGAAAUUUGGCUAAAGAACAGACAACUGGAUCAUCCUUGCUUGGUCGAAUUCCUCCAAUGUUCUUGGCUGGUGAAGGUGCACGAGAAUGGGGCAAGUCAAAGGGCAUAACUAUGCCUGUUAGUAUUUCAGAAGCAGAGCUUUGGCUGGUGACUGAAAAAGCAAAAUCACGAUGGAUUAAGUACAAAUCAAUGCUUGCUGAUGCUGAGAAAAAGAUUGAAUGUCCUGAAGAAAUGCCCACAGUUGCUUGUGGUAGCGCAGCUUUGCUAGAAGAUGAAAAGGAAGAUUUUAUUGCGGAUACAGUAGGGGCUGUCUGCAUUGACACCAAUGGAAAUAUAGCAUCAGGAGCAUCAAGUGGUGGCAUUGCAUUGAAGGUAGAUGGGCGUGUUGGAUUAGCUGCAAUGUAUGGUUCAGGAUGCUGGGCUGCAAUGAGGGAUCCUUUUGGUGGUACUUGUGUGGUUGGUUGCUGUGCAACUGGUGUUGGAGAGUGUUUGAUUAAAGGAUUUGCAGCGCGUGAAUGUUGUGUCUCAUCAUCAUUGAGUACCGGCGUCACUUCACUGCAAAUGUGGAGUCUUGUUAAAGAAUCAGGAAAGGAUAUUAAAGAAAUUCUCAUUCAAAUAUUUGCUCUGGUUUUAAAUGUUAAUCCGUUGGAAGUUUCUUCACUUAAAGUUAGAAACUUCAGGUUAAGUGAGUACUUUCUUGCACUGAAAGCCUAACAGUUAUAAGUAUUGAGUGUAAUGGUACUUUGAAAUUAACCUCAUGCCCUCACCUUCUAAUUUGCCUUGGUUGGACUUGAGCCUUGACUAGAGGAUGGAGCAGAGGGUAUUGAUUUAGAAAUCUUCUAUUAGUGUUCUCAAUAACCUAGGCCAGGUGAUGAUGAAGAGAGUCAUUGCUGCUAAAAUUGACUGUCACCCUGCCUAGAUCCCAUUCUUUUGUACUAUAAAUCCUAUUCUUUUUUUCCCAGCAUGGCUGAAAUGUGCUUCCAUUCAUUUAAAUUGUUUUUGCACUUUUGAAUGCCACCUUUAGCUUGUAACUUUCAUCGA